AUGGCAGCAUUGAUUCCCCUCCGGGAUAGGCCGUCUGGGGUGGAGAUCCAAAAAGAAAGGAGGCGGACCAUGAAGGUGGAGAUGGUGGGGUUUGGGGGAAUGAGGGGUUCGGAUUGCUUGCCAGGCACUUUUAAAGGAGAAAGAACCGUUAGAGGAGAGUUUCCAAAUGGGAGGGAAGGAGGGGCGGUGGGUGGGGAAGACGGUAAUAGAGUCAAUCACGUGGGAAGGAAGAAGGAUCUGAAGGAGAGGGAUGUUCCACCCAGUUCCGUUCCAAACCUCACGGGCAAGGAGAUUAGAGCGGGUCUGAAGGAGUCAAUCACUUGGCUCUAUUUGACCGUUAAGAGGUUAUUGUUUUAA